AUGAGCAGGUAUUGCUGCUGCUGUUUCGCGCGCUGGACAGACUCCGACUCCAGCAGCUCAUCCGAGGAGAUCAUCAGCGAUGAUGAGGCGGACUACCUGUACUUCCCUCCAAAGACGUAUGAAAAGACAGCUCCUCGCUCUGAGAGAGGCACAACUGGGGACGUUGCGAAUGGAGAAGUGAGGCUUCCUCCACCCAUCAUCAGUGCAUCCAAAUCGCUGAAAACAUUGGAUGCCAGUCCAGUGGUAACCUUUCAGUUGCUCGGCCCUGCUCGGAAGAAGCCAGGUGCCGCCCCAGGAGCGGAGAAAUGA